GAUCGUUAUUUAGGAACGCCUGACAUAAAUAGGUAACGGCUUGGAACAAGAACCAGUGUUUAUUUGGGUUCAACGUUAUGUCGUUUUUCUAAAUCUUUCCUGAGCCAAGUACAGAAUGACUGGUAAAUUGGAAUCGAUAGCUAACCUUGAAGGGCACGAAGAUCGGGUGUGGUCUGUUGCCUGGAGCCCUAAUGGCUUUGUCCUUGCAAGUUGCGGUGGGGACAAAACAAUCCGAAUCUGGGGUAAAGAGGGUGAUAAAUGGAUAUGUAAGACAAUUUUGGAAGAUGGACAUCAGAGGACCAUCAGAUCUCUUGGCUGGUCCCCAUGUGGGACGUUUUUAGCUUCAGCGAGUUUUGAUGCCACCACAUGCAUAUGGGACCAAAAGUCUGGAGAGUUCGAGUGCAAUGCCACUCUCGAGGGACACGAGAACGAAGUGAAGUCUGUUAAUUGGUCGGUGUCCGGCUCAUUGCUCGCCACAUGUGGCCGUGACAAGAGUGUCUGGAUAUGGGAAGUCCAAGAAGAUGACGAAUAUGAAUGUGCAAGCGUUAUACAUAGCCACACCCAAGACGUCAAGAAAGUCGUUUGGCAUCCGACCAAAGAGAUCCUCGCCUCCUGUAGCUAUGACGACACCAUUAAACUUUACAAAGAGGACGAGGAUGACUGGAGCUGCUGUGAUACUCUUGAGGGUCACGAGUCAACCGUCUGGUCAAUAAGCUUCGAUGGAUCAGGGGAUCGGAUAGUGUCUUGUAGUGACGAUAAGACCGUCAGAAUCUGGAAAUCAUAUCCACCAGGCAACCAGGAAGGUGUUGUGGUAUCUGGUAAGCACUCCAAGUGGAAAUGUGUGUGCGUGCUCUCUGGUUACCACGACAGAACAAUAUACGACGUUCACUGGUCCAAGGUGUCUGGACUGAUAGCGACCGCUUCUGGUGACGACUGUAUACGGAUCUUUAAAGAGGAUACCAACUCAGACCGUAACCAACCGUCAUUUCAGCUGGUCGCCACACAGAGAAAGGCUCACUCAAUGGAUGUUAAUAGCAUUUGCUGGCACCCGAAAGACGAGAACAUACUAGCCACGUGCUCAGAUGAUGGGACGGUCAAACUAUGGAGGUUUACUCCGGCCGAAGAGUAACACAACACAUUCAACACGACACAAACACGUGGUGAACACGUGCUCAGAUGAUGGGACGGUCAAACUAUGGAGGUUUACUCCGGACGAAGAGUAACACAACACAUUCAACACGACACAAACACGUGGUGACCACGUGCUCAGAUGAUGGGACGGUCAAACUAUGGAGGUUUACCCAAGAUAAAGAGUAACAUAACACAUUCAACACGACACAAACAUGUGAUGAUCACAAUAAAUGAUAAACACAAUUA